UCAGUUAGCGCGAGCACGAGCGCGAGCGCAAGCGGAACCGGAAACAGAUAGUGAGCGAGCUUUCGCACGGAGACUCCGCGUGCGAGGAAAGCGCGUGGCAACGACAACCAUGAAGCGACCAAAGUUAAAAAAGGCGAGUAAGCGCAUGACCUGCGCCAAACGUUUUAAAAUCCAGAAAAAGGUUCGAGAACAUCACAGAAAACUCAGGAAAGAGGCGAAGAAGAGCGGAAUCAGACGCAAGAUCAAGAAGGACAUUGGCGUCCCGAACAGCGCACCGUUUAAGGAGGAAGUCCUCAGAGAAGCAGAGCAGAGAAAGCAAGAGCUUGAAGAGCUGAAAGAGAAAAACAGACUAGCGAAGCAGAAGGAACGAGCUGAGAAGAGAAAGAAGGGCAAAGAAGAAAGCAGUGAGGACACGCAGGCAAAGAAAAGGAAAGUGAAAAAGGAGGAGAAAGUGAAAGCGCAGAGGGAAGCGAGGGCAGCUGUCGCAAAAGAGAAAAGCUCAAAGAGGUUCCGAUGCAGCGAAUUGAAUAAGGUUAUUGAGGCCUCUGACGUGAUACUGGAAGUCCUGGAUGCCAGGGACCCUAUGGGCUGCCGCUGUACUCAGCUAGAGGAAGCGGUUUUAAAACACAAGGGGAAGAAACGGCUGCUGUUUAUACUAAACAAGAUCGAUCUUGUGCCCAAAGACAAUCUGGAGAAGUGGGUACAAUAUCUUCAAGCACAGUGUCCUACAUUUGUCUUCAAAUCAUCUGCACACCUCCAGGACAGGACUGUGCUUGAGAAGAAGCAGAGAGCUGCCAACAGUACCGCUGACCAGAACAGACCAGGAGCGGCCUUCGGCUGUGAUUCUCUCAUGCAGAUACUCAACCAGUUGGCCAACAACCAAGGCAGUGAGACUAUGCUCAAAGUCGGUGUUGUCGGUUUCCCUAAUGUUGGAAAGAGCAGCAUCAUAAACACUUUAAAAGGCAUCAGAGCGUGUAAUGCUGGAGUACAGCGAGGACUGACCAAAUGUAUGCAGGAAGUGCAUAUCUCUAAAAAGGUGAAGAUGAUCGACAGCCCAGCCAUAGUGGCAGCUCCGUCUAACUCCGCUGAGAAGCUGGCUCUGAGGAGUCUACAGCUGGACGAUAAAGAGCAGAAUCCUCUCGAAGCUGUCAAGUCUGUGUUGAAACAGUGCAACCAGCAGCAUAUCAUGCUACAGUACAACGUCCCCGACUACAGAAACUCGCUGGAGUUUUUAACCUUCUUCGCCAAGAAGCGUGGCUUGCUGCAGAAAGGUGCGCUUCCCAACACGGAGCAGGCCGCAACUGUGUUUCUCAAUGACUGGACCGGAGCUAAACUGAGCUUCUAUAGCAAAGUACCAGAGCGAGACGGCCUCCCUCCGCACCUCACUGAAGCCAUGGUUACAGAAAUGCAGACAGGUGUGGACUUGGACAGAAUGAAAAUGGGCAACGCGCAGAUUAUUAAACGUGUGCGAAAUCCAAAACUGUCGACCACUAUAGUGUUCAACUCGAAGGGCCUGACUGCUGGAAUUCUGAAUGUCAGUGAAAUCCCAGAAGAAAAACACACACCGGGGGAGGAAGAGGAGCAGGAGGAGGAAGAGGAAGAGGAGCAGGAAGAGGAGGAUGAUGAUGAGGAUGAUGAUGAGAAUGAUGAUGAGGAAGAUGAUGAGGAUGAGGAUGAUGAUGAUGAAGAAGAGGACAUUUUUGAGGAAACAGAAGAAAUGGAGGACAGUGAGGAGAUUGAGACCCCAGACUUAAAGAAGACCCAAACUCAGAAAUCACGUAAACAGAAGAAAGGAAAUGCAAACCCUGCUUCUGUCAACAUUGAUCUGUUGUCUGCGCACAAGAAUGACGAUGACGCCUAUGAUUUCAGCACGGACUUUGUAUAAGCUGUCACAUCCACAAAGAACAGAUUUCACCUGGAAGAGUCAGCCGCUGUGUGAACUGUGAUAUAUCUAUGGCAUAUGUAAUCCACUGACUGAAAGAUCUGGCUGAAAACACAUUUUCUGUCGGUCUGACAGAACCAGUUGUAUAUAUGACGGAUUAUUAAACUAACUUUUAAUUUUCUGUA